AUGAGCGGUGAAUCCCAAAAGACCAAGGCUACGUGGGAUCUUAAAACAACUGAAUGUUUUAUCCAAGCAUGUCUUACUCAAAUUUACAAAGGGGAACGAAGUGGCACAACUCUUACAAAAAGAGGAUGGAAAGCUGUAAUUGCAGAAUUUAAUUGUCAAAGUGGCAGGAACUAUGACAGGAGCCAAUUGAAGAAUAAGUGGGACUGCUUAAAAAAAGAAUGGCAAGCAUGGGAUAAAUUGUUUGCAAAAGAGACAGGGCUAGGGUGGGAUAGUGAAAAUAAUACUGUGGAUGCACCGAAUGAAUGGUGGGAGAGAAAAAUAUUGGAAAAUCCACAAUAUGCAAAGUUUAGGAGCAAAGGCCUUCCAUUUGUCCACCAAUUAACAGUACUUUUCAAAGAUGUGGCGGCAACUGGACAAUAUGGUUUGUCAUCAUCGUCAAGAAUAUUGCCGAGUCAGGCAAAUGAACAUGAGAAUGUGGGAGAUGACUUCGGUGUUUCUACACAGGAAGGAUCUGGGGAUAGUGAGAAUGCAAGUGGUGAAGCCGCUGAAAAAAUAGCAAACAUUAAUUUAAAUGCAUCCCAAGGAUCCUCAAGCAAAGUAUGUGGGGGGAAGAGAAAUAAUGAUGUUGCGAGUGGGAAAACAAAGAAGGUCAAAGGCCUUGCCUCAUCAAGAAUAGCUGAUGCUAUAACUCUUAUUGCAGAAUCAUGCCGUGCACGUGUUGAUGGAGUUCCCGGUACUUCUAUUGGUGAAGUGAUGGCUGAGCUGCUCACUAUUGAAGAUGUUGCUAAUGAUCCUGAAUUUCAUGCAAAAUGCUGUCAGCUAAUGAUGCUUAAGCCAGCCAGGGAGAUGUUUAUUGCCUUACGCGAUGUAGCGGAUAAAAGGUUAAAUUGGCUGCAACAUGCAGCAUAUAACCCAUUGCCUUACAAGGACAUAUAA